ACCGCAGGAAGCCCCGCGGAGCCCGGGGACAGGACCGCAGGAAGAAGCGGGACAGGACCGCAGGAAGCCCCGCGGAGCUCGGGGACAGGACCGCAGGAAGAAGCGGGACAGGACCGCAGGAAGCCCCGCGGAGCCCGGGGACAGGACCGCAGGAAGCCCCGCCGAGCUCGGUGCCGCCCCGGAAGCCGCCGUGCCGCAGCCAUGGUGGUGCUGAGCGCGGCGCGCUGGGUGCGCAGCCGGCUCUCGGAUCGCUUCUGGAGGCUGCAGGAGGUGCUCAAGUACGCGCGGCAUUUUCGUGGCAGGAAGAACCGCUGCUACAAGCUGGCAGUGAGGAGCGUCCGCAGGGCUUUCGUGAGGUCCACCAAGGCCAGGAGGGAGAAGAAAAGAUUCCUCAGAGCGCUCUGGAUCACAAGGAUUGAAGCAGCUUCCCUUGAACAUGGUUUGAAGUACCCUGCCUUCAUCAGCAACCUGGUCAAGUCCCAGGUGGAGCUGAACAGGAAAGUUUUGGCUGACUUGGCAAUUUAUGAACCAAAGACAUUCAAAUCCCUGGCAGCUUUAGCCCAGAGGAGGAGACAGGAAGGGUUCCUGGCUGCCCUGGGAGAUGGAAAAGAGCCAGAGGGGAUAUUUUCACGUAUUGUGCACCACCACUAUUGAUAUCAGAGUCUGUGUAUGUGUUUUAGAAGCAGGGAUUUAAUUGUGAGGCAAACCUGCCGUGGGACUGCUGCUGAAAUGGAAAAUGUGGAACAAAUCUUCUAAGGAUCGUGUGGGUGUGAAGUUUCUCCUUGAUGGCUUUUUUCCCUGUGUUGUUGUCACUGAAAUCUGUUAAAAUUAAGAGCACACUUCAAGGUUAGCAGUCAGGCCAUACAGUGGCUUAAUAAAGGUUGUGGUUUUUUUGGUAACUGCUACUAGAAAAAAAACAAACAAGUUGUGUGGUGAAUUCUGGCGCUGAACGGGGAAAACAAAGCUGGGAAGGGGAGAUGUUAACCCUCACAUGUAGACCCUGGCUGUUAAAUGUAGUUUGUACUUCUAAGGACUUAAUAAAGACAUUUUUAUUGAUAAUUGCUAUGGGGGAACAAUUUAUGUUAAUCAUGGCACUUCAUUGGGAAAAUAUACCCAGGGGAUGGAGGGAAGGCAAGAUAUCAACCCUCACAGUCUCUGUGUUAAGAACACACAUAGGAAUUUAAUAAAGGCUUUUUCUUUUUUUUUUUUUAAAUUUUGUAAUAUCUGUGGAGAAACAAAUUUUGUGGCGAGUUCUGGCCCUGCACAGCAAAAAACGAGGCAAGAAUGUGAGGGAGAUGUCAGCCCUCAGACAUGAGCCCUGGCAGCCCCCAGGUGAAGGACGUAGUCCCUUCUAUGAAGGACUUGAUAAUAAACAUAUUUUUUAUUGGUAGCUGCUAGGAGGAAACAAUUUGUGUGGGGAAAUUCUAAUAUGUCAGCCCUCACACACGAACCUCGGUGGGCCCUAAGCUAAGGACACACAUAGUCUGCUUUUUUAGGGAAUAAAGGAAGAUAUUUAACCGAGUAUAUUCCGCGUUCUAGUCCC